AUGAACCGACAACCCAAAGACCCAUUCAAACAACACUUUAUACGAACUGGAAGAUUCAUCAAGGAACACCCGGAAAUAAUCAUAGGAAACUCAGAUAAAGGUAACACCACGGUAAUAAUGUAUAAAGACGAAUAUGUUACAGAGGCUAAAAAAAUGCUGAAUGAUGGAGCAACAUACAGGGCAUUACCAUCUGACCCAACCAAAAGAAUCCAGAACAAAAUUAAUAAUUACUUAAAACUACUUAAGAAAGACUCGAUCAUAACAGAAUCACAGUACAAGAUGCUAAUAUCGUAUAAUAAUGUAGCACCGAAAAUAUACUUCCUUAGGAAAACCCAUAAAAGAGAAGUAAAAUUAAGACCUGUAGUUAGUAGCAUAAAAUCUCCCAGCUACAAAAUUGCAAAAUUCCUACACGAAAUACUCAGUGAUGUUCUAUCAACCUCUGUGUUCGAUGUUAAAAACUCAUUCAUGUUGGUUGAAGAACUGAAAUCAACAGUAGUACCGGAUGGUUAUGAAUUAGUGUCACUAGAUGUAAUUUCUUUGUUUACAAACAUUCCGAAAGAAUUGGUCAUCAAAACAAUCAAAGAUCAAUGGCACUAUAUUAAAAACUUCACGAAUUUGAGAAGGAAAGAAUUUGUUCAUCUUGUAGAUUUAUGUUUUGAAGGAGGGUACUUUGUUUUUGAGGGUGUUUUCUAUGAUCAAAUAGAGGGUACAGCAAUGGGUUCCCCGGCGAGCUCAACAUUUGCGAAAUUAGUUAUGCUCGCUUUGUUUACGUAUGUGAUAUCAAAGUUGAAUUUCCAUAUCCCUCUAAUAAAACUCUAUGUUGAUGAUACAUUACUAUUGAUACCUAAAGAAAAAAUUGAAGAGACUCUGAACGUUUUUAACUCAUUCCACCAGAAAAUAAGGUUUACCCUAGAAAGAGAAAAGAACCGGAGUAUUCCAUUUUUGGACAUAUUAAUCAUCAGAGAGAAAAAUAGAUUGAAAACAAAUUGGUACACGAAGCCGAUCAACACGGGUAGGUGCAUAAAUUUCCAUUCCAAUCACAGCUUCUCACAAAAGAGGAAUAUAGCAGGAAAUUUGAUAAAUAGAGCGAUUUCUCUGAGCGAUGAGGAAUAUAGAAUAAAUAACUUGAAUAAAGUGACUGAAAUCCUGAAACAGAACAACUAUCCAACAUACUACAUAAAAACCUGUAUAAACAUCUACAAUAGAGCGAAACGUACUAUCAGAUCGAACAUCGACACGGACGUAGAGACGGUGAGCACAUCACAGAGCACAUUAACAUCACAACAUAUAACAACUAAAAAAUAUUUCAAACUAGUAUUUUAUCCUACAUUGUCAUAUAAGAUUGAAAGAAUUUUCCGCGAAUACAAUAGUGCUGCAGCAUUCUAUAAUGUUCUCAAUAAUAAGAUGAAAUUUUACACAAAACUAAAAGAAAGAACACCAAUUUUACAGCAAUCAGAAAUUGUUUAUAAAAUAGAAUGCAAUAACUGCACAAAAAUGCUACAUAGGCCAGACAAAACAACUACUACAGGAGAGGAUAAGACAACAUAA